AUGCUCGACAAUACGCGAGCUUGGCUGCUUGGCCAAAUCCGCGCCGCCAAGCCGUCCUUCAUAUCCAAGCAACCGCAUUUCAACUUUAUAUCGGCUCACUACUUUUGGAUCGUCAGCCUCACCAUCCUCGCCUCGGUCCUGAUGUAUGCGACAGCCGGCGGCCAGCUCGCCUACAUUGACGCCCUCUUCUUCGCCAGCGGCGCCAACACCCAGGCCGGCCUCAACACGGUCGACGUCAAUCUGCUCAACACCUUUCAGCAAAUAUGUAUCUACAUCUUCACCAUGACGUCGAACCCUAUUGUCAUUCACUCCUCCGUCGUCUUCUUGCGUCUCUACUGGUUCGAGAAGCGCUUCCAGAACAUGGUGCGUGACGCCCGCGCCCGCCGGGUCACCAUUUCCAAGUCGCGCGCCAAGGCCCAUCUCGACAUGAACCAGGCCGAAAUGGGUGUUGCUGGGCGGAAUAUCAGGAUCAUGCCCAACUCGGGAAGCAGGAUCACCAAUGACGGCAUCAUUCUGGACAAGAAGGUGGAGAACGGCGGCCGCGAAUCCCCCACGGCGCCCAAUGGCCACUCCGAACGGCCCUCGUCUGGCGACACGGCCGCCCGAAGCUCUUACGCGCCGCGGACUGCCCGCAGCGACGACAUUGAGCUGGACUCCAUUCAUGGCCUUCGCCGCCUCUCCCAUGCUGAACACCUUGCCAUUCUCGAGCGUCAACGUCGCGGCCAUGACGAGACCUUGAGGAUACCCAAUCCUAGGGAUGUAGAGAAGGGCAUCAGGCCCAAGCGCGUCGAGGAGGGCGACGGGCCCGAAGCCGAGGAGGAGGAGGACCCGAACCAGCCUGGCAUAAGGAGCCCCGGUAACACGAGACCCAACACGCCGCCUGAGGGUAACGAGGAGUCUCCGGAGAGAGACACGAUGGACGAGCUGGCGGAGGAGGCCACCGUCAUUGGCAACGUGCUCGACUCUGUCAUGUUUCGCAAGCCGCGCAUCUUCCAGCGGGGGCAGAAGAAGUACCACGUCGAUAGUGACGAGGACGAGAAUGACAAUCCGAGACCGGGCCCCAAGCAUCGCACACGGACACUUGAUGUUCUCAGGGGCGCCCUGACCGGCGAGAAGGCGGAUGACGCGCCUUACCUCAGCUGGACGCCUACGCUGGGCCGUAACUCACAGUUUCCCGGACUGUCGCUUGAACAGCGCGAGGAACUCGGAGGCAUCGAGUAUCGAUCUCUGAGGACUCUGGCGCUUCUUCUCGUCUGCUACUUCUGGGGCUGGUCCAUUUUCGCCUUGGUCUGCCUGCUGCCGUGGAUCAAAAGCCCCGCGAACAACGAGUAUGCCCAAGUCGUCGACGCCGCCGGCAUGUCGAGAACUUGGUGGGGCUUCUUCACUGCCAAUUCGGCCUUCCUCGAUCUGGGUCUUACCCUGACACCUGAAAGCAUGGUGUCGUUUAAUCAGUCACACGCUACCUGGUGGCUGUUCUGGAUCCUGAUCGGACUGAACGCCAUCGACCUGUUGUUCUUUGUCUUGCUUGAUCUCAACGAUAACGUCGUCAGCGACAUGCCUGUCCAUCUCCGAAUCGUCAAUGGCCUGUUCCAGGCGGCAUGCACGAGAACGGCAGGCUUCUCUUCUGUCAACCUGUCGCUCCUCCAUCCGGCCGUGCAGGUCUCUUACAUGAUGAUGAUGUACAUCUCCGUCUUCCCCAUCGCCAUCUCGAUCCGUAGGACCAACGUGUACGAGGAAAAGUCGCUUGGCGUCUACAACGGCGCUGAGGACGACGAGACGAUCAACGACGCCAGCGCCAUGUCGUACGUCGGAACACAUUUGCGACGGCAGCUGUCCUUCGAUCUAUGGUACGUAUUCUUGGGGCUAUUCAUCUUGUCCAUCACGGAGGGCUCGAAGAUCAAGAAGAACGAGUUCAACGUGUACAGCAUCCUGUUUGAGCUGAUCAGUGCCUACGGCACCGUCGGCCUGAGCCUGGGGUAUCCAAACGUCAACGCGUCCCUCUCGUCGCAGUUCACGACUGGCGGCAAGCUCGUCAUCAUUGCCAUGCAGAUUCGUGGUCGCCACCGCGGCCUUCCCUACGGCCUCGACCGCGCUGUCCUCCUCCCCAGCGAAGCACGCUUUGCCGACGAGGCGUUCGAGACGCAAAACGGCCUCACUCGGCAGAUGACGGCCGUGACAAACCGGACAGGCGCCGACCUGCAGAGAGGACGAAGUAGAGAUAGGGGCAUUAUUUCGUCGUUUCUGCAUCCGGGGCCCGCCGUGCCGCGCGAGGAUCGGAACCUCGCCCGCCGCGUGUCCUUUGAUGCCGGAGUCUCGGCCUCGGGCGCCAACGGCAUGGAAGGGCCAGACUUGCGCCGACGGCACACGGUGGCUGUAGAAGACGCUGACACGGAUGAGGACGAAGAGAUUGCGCCCGCGACGCGCGCUCGCCGCGUCUUCACGACACCGAUGGGCUAG